CGGUGGCUCCGCCCUCCCGGCAGCGCGCGCGUGGGGGCGGGGCCAAGCGGGGGGCCGGGACCGGGACCGGGACCGGGAACCGGGACCCGGCCGGGACCCACGUGCAGCGCAGAGCGAGAUGUGGCCGCUCCGCCUGGGCACGAGCCUGCAGCGCUGGGGGGCCCGGCUGGGCACCGGCAGCCGGCGGGCACAGCACGGGGCUGCUGCCGCCGCUGCCCCCGGGCACUGCCCGGGCUGGACGGGCCAGGAGAGCCUGGCCCAGAGCGACCCCGAGCUCUGGAGCCUGGUGCAGAAGGAGAAGGAUCGGCAGUGCCGGGGGCUGGAGCUCAUCGCCUCGGAGAAUUUCUGCAGCCGGGCAGCGCUGGAGGCCCUGGGCUCCUGCCUCAACAACAAAUACUCGGAGGGGUAUCCUGGGAAGAGGUACUACGGGGGUGCCGAGGUGGUGGAUCAGAUCGAGCUGCUGUGCGAGCGGCGGGCGCUGGAGACGUUCGACCUGGACCCCGCGCGCUGGGGCGUCAACGUCCAGCCCUACUCGGGCUCCCCGGCCAACCUGGCCGCCUACACGGCCCUGCUGCAGCCCCACGAGCGCCUGAUGGGGCUGGACCUGCCCGACGGGGGCCACCUCACCCACGGCUACAUGACCGAUGUCAAGAGGAUCUCGGCCACCUCCAUCUUCUUCGAGUCCAUGCCCUACAAGCUUGAUCCCGCCACAGGCCUGAUUGACUACGCCCAGCUGGAGGUGACAGCGCGGCUCUUCCGUCCCCGCCUGAUCAUCGCGGGCACCAGCGCCUACGCCCGCCUCAUCGACUACGCCCGCAUCAGGAGGGUGUGUGACGAGGUCAAGGCCUACCUACUGGCAGACAUGGCCCACAUCAGCGGGCUGGUGGCCGCCAAGGUGAUCCCGUCGCCCUUCGAGCACGCGGACGUUGUCACCAGCACCACGCACAAGACCCUGCGGGGGGCCAGGUCAGGACUGAUCUUCUACCGCAAGGGCGUGCGCUCGGUGGAUAAGAAGACGGGCAAGGAGACGCUGUACGACCUGGAGGACAGGAUCAACUUCUCCGUGUUCCCCUCCCUGCAGGGGGGCCCCCACAACCACGCCAUUGCUGCCGUGGCUGUGGCCCUCAAACAGGCCAGCUCCCCAGCCUUCAGGGAGUACUGCCAGCAGGUGCUGAGGAACGCCAAGGCCAUGGCACAGGCGCUGCUGCAGAGAGGGUACACCCUGGUGUCAGGUGGCACCGACAACCACCUGGUGCUGGUGGACCUGCGGCCCAAGGGCGUGGACGGGGCGCGGGCAGAGCGGGUGCUGGAGCUCGUCUCCAUCACGGCCAACAAGAACACGUGCCCAGGGGACAGGAGUGCCCUGACCCCCGGGGGGCUGCGCCUGGGUGCCCCCGCCCUGACCUCCCGCCAGUUCCGGGAGGAGGAUUUCCAGAAGGUGGUGGAGUUCAUCGACGAGGGCAUCGCCCUGGCCUUGGACGUCAAGAGCAAAACCAGUAAGCUCCAGGAGUUCAAGACUUUCCUGCUGCAGGACCCGGAGACGCAGCGGCGCCUGAGCGAGCUCCGGCAGCGCGUGGAGACCUUCGCCCGUGCCUUCCCCAUGCCCGGCUUCAGCGACCACUGAGGGGGGCAUGGCCCUCCUGCCAGCCUGGGGGCACUGGGGAGGGGGCACACAGAGCCUCAGAGCCGCCUUCUGCCUUUGCUGCUCCUCCUCUUGUCCCCUGUUGUCACCUUCGGGUGCUGUGUCCCUGCCCACCCACCCUGCUCUCAGUGUUCGGGUGCAGAGACCCCCCAGACCCUGCCUGGGCUUGCUGCAGCCUCAUCUUGCACUUUUCUAUGGGGAGGGGUCGCUAAUAAAAGUGGGGGCAGAGCUUUGGAGCUGCGUGGGUGCUGUGCUGGAUGUUGGGGAGGGGUCCCUGGAGCCCCUCAGUGCCAGGAGCCCCGGGGGUCUCAUCAAGACCUUGGCCCGUGCCUUCCCCAUGCCCGGCUUCAGCGACCACUGAGGGGGGCAGGGCCCUCCUGCCAGCCUGGGGGCACUGGGGAGGGGGCACACAGAGCCUCAGAGCCGCCCUCUGCCUUUGCUCCUCCUCCUCUUGUCCCCUGUUGUCACCUUUGCCCCCCCUGCUCUCAGUGUUCGGGUGCAGAGACCCCCCAGAACCUGCCUGGGCUUGCUGCAGCCUCAUCUUGCACUUUUCUAUGGGGAGGGGUCGCUAAUAAAAGUGGGGGCAGAGCUUUGGA